AUGUUGUUGAAGAAUUUCCGUAUUCUUUCGCAGCAGUUGAAACAUGCUCGAAAUAGCACACUGUGUAUUGUGCUGUCCGUUGCAAAAUCAUCAUUUUCAACAAGCACCAAGAAACUACAGGAAGAAUUGAAAUACGCUGGAAAUGACUUGCUCAAAAAGUUUACCGACGAACAUGCACACAAACUAGUUGACGUGUCAAAAGUCCUUGUCAUUGGUUCUGGUGGUUUAUCCAUUGGUCAAGCAGGUGAGUUUGAUUAUUCGGGUUCACAAGCCAUUAAAGCAUUGAAAGAAGCUAAUAAACAAUCUAUAUUGAUCAAUCCAAACAUUGCUACAAACCAAACGUCUCAUGCUUUGGCUGAUGAAAUCUACUAUUUACCAGUUACCCCUGAGUAUAUCACAUACAUCAUCGAAAGAGAAAGACCAGACGGUAUAUUGUUGACAUUUGGUGGGCAAACUGGUUUAAACGUUGGUGUCAAGUUGGACAAGAUGGGUGUUUUUGACAGGUAUGGAGUCAAGGUGCUAGGAACACCAAUAAAGACAUUGGAAACCUCAGAAGAUCGUGACUUGUUUUCUCAAGCAUUAAAAGAGAUUAAUAUCCCAAUUGCUGAAUCGAUCGCUGUGGAAACAGUCGAUGAUGCAUUGAAAGCUGCCGAGGAAGUUGGGUACCCUAUAAUUGUUAGAUCUGCGUACUCUCUUGGUGGAUUGGGAUCAGGAUUUGCAGCAAACGAAGAAGAAUUGAGAAACUUGUCAGCACAAUCACUCUCUUUAGCCCCACAAAUCUUGGUUGAGAAAUCAUUAAAAGGAUGGAAAGAGGUUGAAUAUGAAGUUGUUCGUGAUCGUGUUGGUAACUGUAUCACAGUUUGUAAUAUGGAAAACUUUGACCCAUUGGGUAUUCACACUGGUGACUCCAUUGUUGUUGCACCAUCCCAAACAUUAUCAGACGAGGAAUACCACAUGUUGAGAACUGCUGCAAUUAAGAUUAUUAGACACUUGGGUGUUGUUGGUGAAUGUAACGUUCAAUACGCAUUGCAGCCAGAUGGAUUGGAUUUCAGAGUUAUUGAAGUUAAUGCACGUUUAUCACGUUCAUCAGCAUUGGCAUCAAAAGCAACCGGUUACCCAUUGGCAUACACUGCAGCAAAAAUUGCUCUUGGCCACACUUUACCCGAAUUACCAAACCCUGUUACAAAAACCACCUCGGCUAAUUUCGAGCCUUCAUUAGACUACAUGGUAACAAAGAUUCCACGUUGGGAUUUGUCAAAGUUCCAACACGUCAAGCGUGACAUCGGAUCUGCAAUGAAAUCUGUAGGUGAAGUUAUGGCCAUUGGUAGAAACUUUGAAGAGUCAUUCCAAAAGGCUAUUAGACAAAUUGACCCAUCGUAUAUUGGUUUCCAAGGUGACCAUUUCGAGGAUUUGGAUGAUGUUUUGAGAAACCCAACCGAUAGAAGAUGGUUAGCGGUUGGCCAAGCCUUAUUGCACGAAAACUAUUCCGUCGACAAGGUCCACGACUUGACCAAAAUUGACAAAUGGUUCUUAUACAAGUUAAUGAAUAUCGUUAAUAUGUACCGUGAAUUAGAAGCUGCUGGAUCAUUAUCAAAUAUCAACAGCGACUUGAUGAGCCGUGCAAAAAAAUUGGGCUUCUCAGAUAAACAAAUUGGUCUCUGCGUUGAUGCUAAAGAGUUGGAAGUUAGAAAAGUUAGAAAAGAGUUUGGUAUUGUUCCAUUUGUCAAGAAAAUUGAUACGUUGGCUGCUGAGUUCCCUGCAAACACAAAUUACUUGUAUACGACAUAUAAUGCUACUAGCUCCGACAUUGACUUUAACGAACACGGUACAAUGGUCUUGGGUUCCGGUGUGUACAGAAUUGGUUCAUCGGUUGAAUUUGAUUGGUGUGCUGUUUCAACUGCACGUGCUUUGAGAGAUAGCGGGCACAAGACUAUUAUGAUUAACUAUAAUCCAGAAACAGUUUCAACUGAUUUCGAUGAAGUUGACAGAUUGUAUUUCGAAGAAUUAUCUUUGGAAAGAGUUUUGGACAUCUACGAGCUUGAGAAUGCUGAAGGUGUUGUUGUUUCCGUUGGUGGUCAAUUGCCACAAAACAUUGCAUUGUCAUUGCAAAACAAUGGUUGUAAAGUUUUGGGUACUAACCCGGAGGAUAUUGAUAAGGCAGAAGACCGUCACAAAUUUUCUCAAAUUUUGGACUCCAUUGGGGUUGACCAACCAGCAUGGAAGGAAUUAACCUCAGUGGAACAAGCCGAAAAGUUUGCUGAUGAAGUUGGCUACCCUGUUUUAGUGCGUCCUUCUUAUGUGUUGUCAGGUGCGGCAAUGUCAGUUAUCAACAACAAAAGUGAAUUGGAUGCUAAAUUACUGAAUGCUGCCAAAGUCUCUCGUGAGCAUCCCGUUGUGAUUUCAAAAUUCAUCUUGGGUGCACAAGAGAUUGAUAUCGAUGCUGUGGCCUCUGAUGGUCAAGUCUUGGUUCAUGCCGUUUCUGAACAUGUUGAAAAUGCUGGUGUCCAUUCUGGUGAUGCUACGUUGGUUUUACCACCACAGCAAUUGUCGCAAACUUUACUUGACCGUUUGAAAGAGAUUGCCGAUAAAGUUGCUCAUGCAUGGAAGAUUACUGGCCCAUUCAACAUGCAAAUCAUCAAGAAUGAUCAAAAUGGUACUCUUGACGAUAAAAAUUGCGAGUUGAAGGUUAUCGAGUGUAAUAUUCGUGCCUCUCGUUCAUUCCCAUUUGUUUCUAAAGUGCUUGGUAUAAAUUUCAUUGACGUUGCAGUCAAGGCAUUAAUUAAUGAAAAUGUUCCACAACCAGUUAACCUCAUGAAUCAGAAAUACGAUCGCGUUGCUACAAAAGUUCCUCAAUUUUCAUUCACAAGAUUGGCAGGCGCAGAUCCAUUUUUGGGUGUUGAAAUGGCUUCUACUGGUGAGAUUGCUUGCUUUGGAAAGGACCUUCUCGAGGCUUAUUGGACAACCAUGCAAUCUACAAUGAACUUUAACUUGCCCAUGCCAGGCCAAGGUAUCUUGUUUGGUGGUGACUUGACCAACGACAAAUUGGCUAAAGUUGCCGAGACUGUUUCUGGGUUGGGUUACAAAUUCUACACUGCUAGCCAACCAGUUGCAGACUAUUUACAAAGCCAUGUUUCUGAAUCUGUUGAAAUCAUUGAUUUCCCCAAGACUGAUAAGCGUGCGUUGAGAGAAAUUUUCCAGGCCAACAAGAUUGGAGCAGUUUUUAACUUGGCCAGAGCAAGAGCAGAAGACUUGUUAGACGAAGAUUACGUGAUGAGACGUAAUGCUAUUGACUUUGCAAUCCCAUUGUUCAAUGAGCCAAAUACUUCGCAAUUAUUUGCCUCGUGUUUAAAAGCAAAGAUUGGUGAUAAAGUUAAGUUUGACACUAUACCUGAAUCCGUAGUUGUGCCUAAGGAGGUUCAAAGAUGGAGUGAGUUUAUUGGUGGCAAGCCUGUGUAA